AUGAAAUUCAUCGAUAAGAAACAUUCGGAAUAUGUUGAGAAGAUGAAGGCUGCAGCCCCUGGCUCCGACUUCAGGGUGCUCGUUCAGUUCCAACCUGUGACUCAAUCGAUGGUCAAGCACUCCGUCAAGAGUGGCGGCAACGUUCUCGGCCUCGAGGAAAUUGUUGCUAAGGGUCCCACCAUCAUGUGGCUUAUUGCCGUAACUGUCGAUACUGCAGAGAACCAGGCCCUGACGAUCGAAUAUAGAGAUGCGGUCAAUAAAUACGCCAAUAGCAUAGGCGCGAACAAGAACUGGCUUUAUCUCAACUACGCGCUGGGCGACCAGGAUCCGAUUGCCGGUUAUGGGGCUGAAGUCGUAGAAUUCCUGAAAGCUACAUCUCACAAGUAUGCCCCCAAGGGCGUCUUCCAGAAGCUGAGAGGCUCCGGCUUCAAGCUUCCUACUUAA